CAGAUCAAUAAGCUAGAUAGCGACCUGGACCGUGUUUUGCUCCAUCAAUAUGACGCUUAAUUCAUGCAAGAGCGCAGGGGUUUUCCAGAUAAGAACAGGUUUAUCUUGGCUAUGGGUCCUUGAACAAUUCCCAUUUGAUGCUGUGAGUCCAGGAACAACUCAAAACGGCCCAUAAGCUCUAGAAUGACUUGGUACCGGGUGCAGAUUUCGGGAUGGGGGAGAGAUUAAAUAUGGAGAUUGAUAAAUUGUGAGGUGCAUCAUGAUGCAUCUAUUGUGAUGUAACAGUGAGACUGAGUGCAAAAGCUCAUGAGGACGAGCUGACAAGCAAGUUUUAUUUCAUGGAUUUCAGGUUCUGGCAAGAGCAGCAAAAUGUAAAAUGCCUCGAUCAUCCGUCCUCCUCUGCUCCCACCUCUUGUUUUAUCAACACAAUACGCGCAGAUUUCUAACUCAAAGCCUUAAACAAUCCACAAGUGAGGUCCCCAUUGUCACCUAAACCACCAAUUACUUCAACCAAUCAUCAUGGGUCUCGGAGAAGAUAUCAAAGAGUUCGGAGAGGGUGAAAUGCAACAGCAGGGUGGAAACAACGGAAAUGAUAGCGGCAACAAUUUCAGCGAUGGCAUAAGCGAUAGCACCAAAGAUACCAUGGCAGACUCCGCCGUCGACUCAUUUGCGAGCAAGGAGGGAGUACCUUCCCAAUUGGACUCGGGAAUUAACAACGUUGUCAAUGAUGAGGUCAACAAGUUCUAAACAUUUAUGGUUGUUUUUAUGAUUAAUGUUGACAGCGUUGAUAUGGGCUGGAGCAUUAGUUUGGAUUGUGUAAUAUUACCACUCUUGUUAAAUCUUGAAUCAUUUUAGUUUCACAAA